AUGGCAGCAGGACCCUGCCCGCGGAACGCGGAGGGAACGGGGGGGCGAGAGGGGUUAGGGCUAGGACCUCGGGGGGGUCCCUGUUUGCCACCCUAUGGGGGCCCCCCAAUCCCGGGUCCCUUCACGAGUGUCUCUGGGGAGCUCCCGGUGCCCCCCCCCCGGCUGAGGCCGUGCCCGGUGCUCCCAGAGCCGUGCAGCGGCGACGUCCCCGAGGUGGAGCUCAGCAGCCUCCUGCGGGAGCCGCUGCCCCGCUACACGCUGCGGGCCGACACCGUCUUCGGCUACGACCACGAGGACUGGCUCCGAGCCCCCCCCGGCCCCCCGGGGCCCGCGGCCCCGCUCACGCCCCGGCAGAUGGAGGAGACGCUGCGGUACUUCCGUGAGUGCGGGGUCAGGGCGGCACCGGCGCUGAUCGCCGCUAACGGGAUAACGGGAACGGGAUAA